AUGUCGCAAGCUGAACCAAAGAAGAAGGUCCUGUUAGUGGGUAUUGGCGGCCCAACCUGUUCCGGAAAGACAACGCUCACGAAAUAUCUACAUAACAUCCUGCCUAAUAGUUUUAUAAUCCACCAGGAUGACUUUGCACCGCCAUGGGACCAGAUCCCCGUCCAUCCUAUCUAUAAAGUUCAAGACUGGGACGAUGCCCCUGGUGCUAUUGACUGGCCCAGGCUACGUGCGUCUCUUGAACACGUAAAAGACCACGGUGUACUUCCAGAUUCCCAUUCCUCGCAUGACCACUUGAACGAGCAGCGUGAGGUGCCAGUUUCUCAGGGCACGUUGGAACGAUUAAAGGUACAGUUCCAAGAGGUGGAAGGCCGAUGGGCCGCCAAAGGUUUCAAAGUUACAUGGGCACUACUCGAUGGAUUUUUAUUAUAUUGGGAUAAGGAAAUAGUAGAAAAACUUGACGUUAAGAUAUUCAUACAUGUGCCCGAAGAAGUCCUCCGAAAACGAAGAUAUGAACGUCACGGGUAUCACACAGCGGUUCAAUCCGAUGGGGCAGAGGGAUCGCUUUGGCGCGACCCCCCCAACUACUGGGAGCAAAUCGUUUACCCUGCAUACGUACGAGCUCAUAAACAUCUUUUCAAAGAAGAAGAUGUAGAGAAAGGCGAUCUGACCCCAGAAUACACCGACCAGCUCCUCUUGCUGCGAGGUGAAGGGAAUAGAGCCAGACAGUGGAUAUGGGGCGAAUGUUGGAAGCUAGCGCGGAACUCUCAUUUGUUCGCCAUGUCUUACCUUGCUCGAGCACCAGUUACCCGCGUUGCUAUCCGGCGCAUCCCCGCUGUAGUUGGCCGUAGGAUGGCUACGAUCCCUCCACCUUCAUCUGCCCCGCCUCCUCCACCACCACCACCACCGCCGCCGCCCUCCGGUCAAAAGUCUGGAGGGUCCUCGCUACCACUAAUCCUUGGCUUACUAGCUAUUGGAGGAGGAGGCAUCUACUACUUGACACAAUCUGGGGAAGGGAGCGACCUUAAACAAGAUGUAAAUUCCGAGGCGAAGCGUCUUCAGGGUCAGGCAAAUGCCAAACUCAGCGAGGCUCGCAACGCCGCCUCGGAAAAGGUGACAGAUUUACAGAAGGAUGCGGAAAGGGCUAAAGAUAAAGCUGCUGUGAAUGCAGCUAGCCUGUACGACAAGUCAGCUGCAAAGGUGGACCAGGGCGCCAAGCACGAUGCUGAGGCAAAAGCUGGUGAACUGAAGUCGGAUGCCGAAAAGCAGGCGAAUAAAGCAAAGAAGACUUGGCUGGAGUGGAUUGGUUGGUCGAGCAAAAAGACGGAUGAAGCGAAGAGGGAGGUUGCGCGAACGUGCCGACGCUGCCGGCAAGGUUCAAAAUGA